GGUCGAGAAUUAUUUCUGGUACAAUGGAAAGGGUAUUCGAAAGACACUUGGGAACCCCGGGAGAACCUCGACAGCUGCCCUGAACUCUUGGAAAAAUUUUUCCAAAUGGCCCAGGAAACAGAACUCAUUCCCCAAGUCAAUGUAAACACUUGUAAAAAUUACGAAAACAUCUGGAGGAUUGGCCCUGAAGAGAAAAGAUUAUUUUUGGAAAAUUAUAAAAUGGGACAAAUGUUUAACGAGGACGUGUACAACAAGCUAAUACUCAAGAAAUGCGGAGAAAGAGAAAGAAGAAUGAAUUAUAGUGGUAAAGAUAGUUUCGCGGAAGAUUAUAAGAUUGAGGAUGUACCAUUGAGAGUAGAUAAGGAGAAAAGAAGGUGA